AUGUGGGAUGAUAUGAAGAAGGAGUGGGGACGACUGAGAAGUACAAUUACACGGGACACGGACCCGGAAAUACAGCGCCUGUGUGCGCAGGACACCAGCGGAAAAAUCAAAAUUCAUGGACCAGAAAAAGGAAUGUGCAAAAACAUCAUGCGCAUUUAUUAUUACAUGCAAGGAUUAGAAACACCAACCUGGAAGAUACCAAAAACGACUUCUGAGAACAAGGAGGAUAAAUCAUUCUUUCGGUGUAUAGUCGGCAUGAUGGCCUUGAUAAAAUUAUUCGGUCAUCGCGCUUGCUUUAAAAAAUAUACAGACUAUGCACACAAAGUAUCGGAAGUAGCCAGGAAGAAAGCAGGAUUGGCAGAUAACACUAAAAUAUGUGCUGGAAUGAAUUUUGAUCAGCUGAAAAUAGGUACGGCAUUUAUCGGAGAAACAAUAUCAGGGUGGAUUGGGGAUCCGAACGAUUUCCCCUAUGGGGAUAAGUCUAAUAUGAUACACUGGGAUUGGUGGUGCAAUCUGGAUCAACAGAGAGCCCAGAAGAAAAGUGCAAAGGAAGACGGGGAAAGGUGGAUAAGCGAAGAGGAUAAGAAAAGAAUGCAAGAAAUAGUGACUAAGAACCAAUACAUACCAAAGGACAAAAUUGGCACAGUAUUAAAAGAAAUGGAAGAAAGAAUAAAGGAAAUAAAGAAGAAAGCAUGGGAUAAGCUAGGUUGUAUUGGAGGCGAAAAUGGACAAUUUGAGGAGGACGAGGAAGAUGCCAUAGAAGAAUGGUUUACGGAAUUCUUUAAUCAUAUAGGAAGUGAUAGUCAGUAUUAUGAAUACAAUGAAGUUGAUGCUAUUGCAGGAGCGUGCGAUAGUGAAUUCGAUAAUGAAAAUGAUGAGGGAAGGAAAAAAGGGAAAAGGGAGUUUUGCAAAGUUUUCAUGAAGAAUUUGCUUAUAGUUUCAAAAUGUAAUAAUGAUCAAUACCCAAAGAAGAAAUGCAUAAAGAAGGGAGCAAGUUGUUACUAUGUUCCACCGUGUGAUUUGUUAAAAAUUUGGUUAAUGAAAGUACGCAUGAGAUGUAAUAUGAAGGAAGUGGAGGAGUUCGCAUUUAAUACAUUGGACAACUGGGAGAAAACUAUGAAUAAGGACGGGAACUACACGAAGUGUGAUUUACAGAAAUAUUCUAAUUUAUUUAGGGGUGAAAAGGACAUGUUACCUGAGUUAGAGGGUAUAAUGACGAAGAGACCACUUCUAGGUGAAUUAACAAAAGUACGUACUGAAGAAUGGUGUGGAGCAAUGAAGACCCAUAAGAAUGUGCCGAAUAUGGCAGGAGGGCAUGCGAAUACUGGAAGUGUAGAGGCCGCUGGAAGGAGUGGUAAGGACAGUGAAGAAAUAGAAGAUAUAAAGGAAAUUCUUAAGAAUAUGAAAAGUAGAAUAGAUAUGGAAGACGAAAUAAAGGAAGGAAUAAAGACAGUUGUGGAAGAAAUCAUAAAGGACCAUGAAUCAAAAAGUAGAACACAGCAAAAGGGUCCCCCAGGCUCCCAAGCCGUUAGCAGAACCGACCCUACCGGAGCCGAAGACCCUGUUCCACACCCUCCACCACCCCCACCCGUCCUCUCCGUACCAACUGGACAGGAGGCAGGUAAGGCGGAAGUUGACGAUAUUUGUGAUGAGAACGAUGCAAGUGUUUCCCACACUAGUACCAAGUCCGAAGCUGGUUCGUUCGCUUCAGUUUCCGAGGGUCACUAUAAUAUUCCAAAUCAACCUUCCUGUGAACUCCUUAAGAAACUUGCGCGCGAGCAGGCGAACUCAUCUUCUGAUUCCACUACAUCAGGUCCAGGCUCCACAAGUACAAGUCUCCCAGGUCAGCCGGAGGAUCCAGGUCCAGGAAGUGGUUCACAGGUCCCCACCGAGACGAAGCAAGCAGGAGAAGUUGAUACUUCACCUGGCACUCAUGAUGGUCACCCAUCUACACCGAACUCUCCCAAUAUUAACUCUAACCCGGAACAGACAAGUGGUAGUCAGGGUGGCCUAGUAUUUUUUCCUCGGCAAGCGAAGAAAACGUUACAGAAGAGCUUAUCAAAACAACAACUCGUUGAUGAUGUGGACGACCAGGAUGGUCCACAUGAAUAUACCUUAGUAAAGGAACGAAAACAACCAAGAUCUGUUCCAACGAGAACGAAGAGGCCAAAAAAACGUGUUGGCCGUCGUACUGGUCGUCCUGUUGUUGGUCGGCGUACCAUUAUUGAUAUUCAUUUAGAAGUCUUAGACGAAUGUCAAAACGGGGAUACAAACUUAACAAAACAGGACUUUUUUGAAAUUUUGGUUAAAGAAUUCAUGGGAAGCGAAUUUAUAGAAGAAGAAAAUGUCCCUGAGGAACAGGUUCCAAGUUCUUAUUCCGGGUUUAGGGAAGGAAGACUUUGUUCCCAAGAAAGAAGUUCCUAUGGUUGA